AUGCGACGCGCUUCUGCCGAUCCUUGGUCGCGCCCAACAGGCUUUGAGCGUCCUGAAUUGGCGGACGAUCCAAUUGAAGAUUUCACUGCUAUUGCUGCGGAUACAUAUGAGGUCUCAGCUGAACGUGCAAGCCGCCGUGCUAGGCUUGCCUCCAGGAGUCGCUCGGAUUCUCGCCGCAGGCCCAGGGUUUCGCAGAGGCUUCGUACUGUCCCUGCUCAGCUUGGGCAUCUCACUGUGCGGCCCCGCGUGAGCUUCUUACCUGCUGUGCCUCUCACACAACCUCACCUUUUGCCAGGGGAACAUGUUCAGUACUUGCAGAAUCUUUUGCAACAGCAACAGAGUCAGCUUAGCGAUUUUGCAUUGGAAGUUGCUGCGUUGCGCCGCGUUGCCGCGGAGCAACAGAUGCUGGCAAGCCACAGGAUUGACGAGGUCGAGCGGCGGUUGCGUCGUGUUGACGCACUCCUGCAGCACAUCAUGCAAUAUCUGCAGGUCACUGUGAUUUUCCGGGCCUGGGCUCUUCACGUGUGUGGUGACUUUGAUCAAGGUGCCAGGGACAGGCUUCGCCGCAUGUCUGUCGAGGCCAUGACGACGGCGCCGAGUAUCGCUGCCCUUACUUUGCCUUGGGAGACGGGACCGCUGGCGGCCAUUUUUGGAAAACCGGAAGUGCUGCCCAGGCCCGCGCUAGACAUCGAAGAUGUCAUUGAUACUGCAUCUGUCCGGCCUUUGGGGCCUGAACCGUCGGAAACUGUCCCAGGUGAUAAGAAAGCAUUCACUGCAGCAUGGAACAAGGAUUCAUUCAGACGUGAUCGCCUCCCUGAGCGAGAUCGGUUCAAUCUCGUGUACCAGGAGUGGCUCCAAGUGAUCCUUCCGUGGGCUGGCGAUGGGACUGUGCUCGGCCUCAUGAUGUCUGCUGCAGCCGACCAAACUGAGAAGCUUGCAGUUGUCACGCAAACCCUUGGCGGCAAGGCCUUGUCGACUCUGGAGAAGCGAUUGAGGCAAGUGAAAGCAUUCCUGGCAUGGGCCCUACUUGCGUGUGUUACGCCUUUUCCUAUGACUGAGCAUGCAUGCCGAAUGUAUUUGAAGAAGCUGGUGGAAGAGAAGGCACCUGCUUCUCGCAUCAAAGGCGAUUCACCUUGGAUUCGCGGAGUGCUGCGGAUGGCCGCGGCGAAUGCCAAGCCCACUGCCAAAGCUCGGCCGCUCACGGUCGGAGAGGUUGCAACACUCGAGGCUUUCGUCAAACGGAGAGUGGGAGCAUUGCAAGACCUCUACGCGGCAGGGUGCUUCUUGUUCUUGAUCUAUUCGAGGGCGAGGUUCGGCGAUUGCAAAAUCAUCAGUGAUGCGGUCUUUGACAUCGUCACGAAGAAUGGCGAGCUUGUCGGGUACAUCGAGGUCAUCUCUUGGUCGCACAAGAUGCGGCGCCAUUUUCCUUCAAUCCCUUUGGUUGCCCCGGUUCAGAGUGCCACCAUAGGAAGUUGGGUUGAGUCGUGGCGGUCCAUCGCCACUGAUGUGGGUCUCCCUCUUGAACGGUUUCAAGGGGGUGCCAAAGGACCAUUGUUGCCGCUCCCGAGCCAAGGCGGGUGGCUCGAGUCGAGUUGCUCGACGACUGAAGCGAGGGCUUGGCUGGUUCAGAUUCUUCAGAAUGCUGGGCAUGCCGAGGCUCCGUCGCUAGGCGCUCACUCGUGUAAGGCAACUUGUUUAUCAUGGGCGGCCAAGUACGGCAUCUCCAAAGAUACGAGGACUCGUUUGGGCAAUCACAAUGAUCGUGGAUCUGCAGAGUGUUACGGGAGAGACACACUUGCCGCACCGUUGCGAGAUCUGGAGGCGUGCAUUUUGGCGAUUCGCACCGGAUCCUUCUUGCCAGACGUUUCUCGAAGUGGUUAUUUCCCUGACAUGCCUGACAAGUCACCGUCUUGUCAGGAAUCAACCGAGCCGCAGGGUGGCAUUGGCUCCAGUGAUGUUGAAGCGAACAAGAGCUUUGACCCGGCCGAGCUCUCUUUCGGGGCACCAGCCGACCAAAGCGACUUAGAGAAUGAUACCUCUGCCUUUGAGGGCUUCGAGCCUGAUGCCAUUGAGCACCCAGCCCCGAGCCCGAGCUUCCAUGGAAGCAACCCUGCUCAGGAUGUCGCACUCGACGGGUCGUCAUCCAGUUCGACGAGCUCUUCAUCGACGGACACGGAGGUGGAGUCGGAACCUGGCCCGCACCUUGCUGCUCUUGAACGGCCAGUUUGGCGAGACGCUUGCCAGGUUUGGCAGCACAGGCAAAGCAGAACCGUGCAUCUGCUCCCAGAGGCCGAUGCAGAGUCAGGGUCCUUCGUGUGCGGGAGGGUCAAGUCGCAAGCCUACUUCCGAGCCACUGGGCAUCCGAUUGUAGAUUCUCUGAAGUGUGUGCAGUGCGAUCGUGGUAAAACCAUCAGAAGCACGGCACAACUUGUGCAUGUUCUUGACAAGAGGCCCCAGAUGUCACCGCUCUUGCAAACAUUUUCGAUGCAGCUGUGCGCUCCCUGUGGUGAGAGCCAGCAGCAUCUCAACCUCGGCAAUGCCGGGGGUGGCUACAUUCGCUCGAGCAGUGGUUACAGCAUGUCCGGUGCCUCACUCUUGGAUUCGAAAGCUGCCUUCAAAAACAAGGUGUUGGAGUAUGGCUUGACCAAUACUGUCUUCGAGGCCAUUGUAAGACGUGGAGUCGACACUCUUAGCAAGGCUGCAUAUGCUGUGGGGGCCCCGGGUGUUGUACCCGCCGAAGAUGCCCUGCGAGCUUUUCUGAAUCCAGAGUCGCCUGCCACUGUUGAGCAGGGUCAGGUUGCAAUUGCUAGGCGCCUAAUCUUCGAAGCACAGACACUUGCAGUAAGCCAGCUGCGUCAGCAAAUCGAGGGGCCGGACGAGAAGCGACAAGACCUUCAGCCCGCCGAAAGGCGGUUCCGACUGGAGGAGCAAGCACGCCGCCUGGCCGGAAUGUCGCUCCGCGGUCCGUUGGAAUGCUCUUUCAGCUGCUACACACUUGUCAUUCGCAUGCUGGCCACUGAUGAAAUUACUUAUCUCGCCCCUAAUCGGUUCACCACUCGGGCUCAUGAGGUUCAGCAAUCCAAACCCCCCAAAGAAGUCAUCAUUGAUGCAUCGUCUGCCAUCAAGGUGCGUGAUUCUGCUGAGCUUGCUGACACGUGUCAUCUCCCUGAUGCACUCAGCUUGAGUCAGGCUUUGACUCGAAGGUCUCUCGCGCUUGACUUGUGUGAAGCCGCAACGUUUGCAGCCUCCGAGCGGUGGCACGCCGAGCUUCUGCGACACUUGCAGCAGGCCCCUCCCAUGGAGUACAAGCAGGUGGAUACCAUGCAAAUUCUAAGGGCUGACAGAGCAGCAUGGACGUACAUGGCCGAAAAGGGCACUUCCUUGAAAAAGCGUGCAGAUGGGAGUUUGCCCAUGGAUGAUCUCUUUGCAGCCCUCACCACGGCUACCGAUGUCAUGAUGUUCCUCAUGCCGCUGCCCGCGGGUGGCCAGAGCAAGCGCCCUUCCGCUUCACAGGUCAUGGCGACGCCCAAUGGUAGCACCGACACACCCAACCCGGCCAAAAAGAGCCGCACCAAGGCGCGCCGUGAACGCCAGAAGCAGCGUCUGCAGGAAGCCCUGGCACUUGCGUCUGCACCCCCCUCUCAUGCCUUCCCGCCCAAGCCUCCUACUCCGCAUGCGCACAAUGCUCUGCCGCCUACGCCGCCCCCGCCCACUCCGAAAAUCAAGGGCAAGGGCAAGCACAAGCCCUGCAAGAGCGUGUUCGCGGCAGGUGCUGUCCAUGCGUGUGGCGUGGGCAGUGUCUUCGGCAUCGAUGCAUGGACACCCAAGUCAGCUCCAGCGCCCGUGGUCAAAUUGGACCUCGCGCUUGAUGAGGAUGUCAGAGUGCUCUUUUUGCUGCUUUCCAAUCGGGCAUUGGCUGCGGUGCAUUUGGCGCCACCUGCAGCCCUCCCUGGUCGUGGCGGUCCGCCACUUCGCUCACACGCGUUUCCGGACGGCCUGCCCGACCUUUCUCCACCCAAUCAAGCCAAAGUUGAGCUGUACAAUCGUCUCUUUGCACUGGCAUCGACCCUUUUCCUUCAGGCUUUCCAGACAGGCAUUGUUGCCACUCUGGAAAACCCAGCCUCCAGCCACUUCUGGCAAAGCAGUGCUUGGCUGGAUGCAUCUUCGUCGAUUAUCCCACUGCAGUUUUCGUCUUUUCACACUUGCAUGUUCGGGGCUACUUUCAAACGUCAGCUUUGCAUUGCACACUUCCAUGAUGCCUUUCAGGCCUUGCAACUCCCAUGUGAUCAUACUUCGUUGCACCCGGCGCAUUCUGCGCCGCGGGAGUCGGUCACAACUUACCCUGCUCCCUUCUGUAGAGCGUAUGCGCAGGCUUUGCAGCAUGCUCUUGGUGCGGCUGGGUCUCUGCCACCUGCGCAAGCCUUACCGGGUCUUUCUGAUAUCCAUCUACAAGCUAGGGUGGCUGCUGGCACGCAACCGCGCGGCAAACGGGUACCGCCUCUUCUGCCAGAACACAAAGCCAUUUGCGUCUUGCAGGGUCCAGCGCAGUUGCUCCCUUCCGGGCCCGUGUUACAGCAGCCUUGGUUGCCUUGCGCAGGCGUUCAGUGCCAGCCGCAUUAUCCCCUCUUGCCUGCUAAAUCACGUGUUCUCUGCGCCCUUCCUUGCGCGGGGAUUGAGAAGGGCGGUUCUUCUCUUGAUUCCAGUGGCACCCCGUCCUCUCUGGCCGUGGAUGCUUUGUGCAAGGGUGACUUGUCUUCUGAAAUGUGUGUUCAGGUACUUCAGCAAGCAUUCAACACCCCCUUGGAAGCCAGGCGUGCGGGCAUUCUUCAGGACGGCCGACCUGUGAAAUACUUUGUUUUGGGCGCCUACAAGUGCCUGCCGAGGAAGGGUGUUACCAAACUCACAGGUGAGCACCUUAGCACAGCUGCCUUCAUAAAUGCCUUUAUGCUGCAGCGUUUCCCGGAUGCAUCGUGGUCUGCCUUCGUCGUCACUCACAACGAGCCCUCGGCACUGCACGUGGACUCGGCAAAUGUGCCAGGAACCAUGAACUUUGCGAUCGGCUUAGGAAGCCAGGACCUUCGGCUGAAGAAGAAAGUUGAAUGGCCACGCCAAGUCCAGCUGGAGACGCGGAUUUGCCUGUGUCCCCUGGUCACGGUGGUCAAGGAGGAGAUACACCAAGUGAUACGCCAAUGGCGUACAGGAAGUACCAGAAGUUACGACUCUGCAGCCAAGCUGGUGAAGAGUCCGGAUGUGUUCGCUCCAAAGAAUUUGGAGGAGGAAGUUUCACAGUGGCCAGAUUGGAGUUUCAGUUUCAAAGUGUUUGUGGGAUUCAUUGAUCCCACUUAUGCAGAAGAGUUGAAGAAAGUGGAGCUGGCACCACCAAAUCCAGCAGAUUAUACAGUUGGUGAAAGAGAGCGAAGUACAAAGCUGUAUGCGAUUUUGGCCUCGCAGAUCACAGCUGAAGCAGCGCGCCAAGCAAGAAGAGUAGAGAUGACACAAGAGUGGAACGAUGAGGAUGAAGAGCUCAACUUUGUGAGAUUGUGUCAAGAGUUUGAAGGUUUGGUUCAAGGAGAGCUGAGAAGAGUUGAGGAGUUUGAUAUCUCUUCGAGCGAUGAAGUGGAAGAGAUCGAGGAAGAACCUACUGAUGGUUUGAUGGAGUGGUACCAAGGAUGGUGGUUCUUGGAAACAGAAGUUGAAAGAAGUGUGAGAAUGGUUUCUGAAGGAGAUGAUGUGAGAAGAGCAGCAAGAGAAGUGGAUGCAUGUGAGGUAGUGCUCGACAGUGGAGCUGACUGCCAUGUGUUGCCUAUGGAUUGGGCAGAAGAAGUCGGAGAAACUUCGAACUUUGAGUAUCAUCUGAAAGAUGCGCAAGGGAAAGUGAUCCCAACGCUGCCUGUGAGGCAGAAUGUGACGUUUGUUUUCACGAAGGAGUCUGGAAAGAAGUUGAAGAUCACUGACAGUGCUGUUUGCGGCAAUGUCACCCAACCUUUGUUUGCGGUAGGAAAGAUGUGGAAGCUAGGUUGGGGUACGGUGAAUGAAGAUGGAAGAUUGUGGUUGAAGAAAGGAAGUGUUCGGAUACCGAUAUACUUCAAAAGGAAUUCCUCAAUGGCGAGGAUGUGCAUACGGAGACUUGAAGGAGAAGAGAUGACGGUGCAGCCUGUGAGGCUGGAGCGAGAACUGAAGAAUGAGUUGAAGAGCAAAGAAGAUGAAGAUGGUUGGUUUGUGCUAAAUGACGGCACGCCUGCAAGGUUUGAUUGGUUUAUGGGGAAGACGUUUGACCCAACGGGAAAGAUGAAAAGAAGUGGAGAAAGAGUGUUGAAUGAAGUGGAUUGGAAGAGUAUGGAUUUCUUUGAGUGUACGGAGAUCUGGAAGGCAUAUCAGCCGGAGCUUUUGCAACUUUCGGUUGGAGCUCCAUGGGAUCAUCAGCUGAAGGCUUUGAGGUUUAAGAAGAAGAGAAUUGUGCCUAUUGAUGAUGGGCCAGUACUGCCGAGAUUGGCGGUGGAAGCUGACAAAAGAGUAGAAGAAGAAAAGAGAAGCGAGCCUUCGCCGCCGAGCGACCGCCAAGGAAGCUCAAGUUCUUCUAGCAAGAGUUCGUCGCUAUCUGGAGCAACACCAGAAGCAAUGGACGAUGAGAGCGAUGACGAUGACGAUGAUCCAGGAGAGGUGAGAACAAAGAGAAAAGCAGAAGAUGAAUUGGUGCCCGAUGAAAUGACAUUGGAAGAGUUUCAAAGAGAAGUUGCAAAGAGGAAUGCAGAAGACGAAGGAGAAGGGUCACCAAAGAAAGAACCAAGAGUAGACGAAGGAACUGGAGAGGUAGAAGAAAGAGUUGAAAAAGUGCCGAGACUUGGAGACGAAGCACGAGGAAGCGCGGCACGAGUGGAAUACCACAUUCGGAGAUUCGCCAAGAGCGAAGAUCCCGAAGAGCAUGGAGAUGAGUAUGUUGAUCUCGACGAGACACAGUUGUUUCUGGAAGAAAGUCGAGAGUUCCAGAGCAAGUGGAACGAGAAAGUGUGUGAGACAGAAGAGGACCUAACGGACCCGUGCACGGGCGAAUGGCUGUGGGGAGACUGUCUAGCUCUCAACUUAGGAGCAAACGUUGUGGUCCUGCGGGUUUCCAUUGCCUUGGACCUCUGCCUUUUCGAAAGUGAGGCAGCGAAGAGGGGGCAUCCACGCCACCUAUUUGAUGGAAUUCCGCCUGUGCUCAAAACUGCGAUCGACGCAACUGUCGAGCAGUCAGAAGUGGGCCUAGCACAACACCGCACCGAGGUCCUUAGGCGAUGGAUGCUUCGAGCGCAGGAGAUCGCUCCGCAGGAAAGGGCUCUCCAUGAUGGAAUGCCGAAACACCUUAAGGCCGUCCUCAAGGGUAAGCGGCUUUUGGUCUUCGGCGAGAUGCUCGUCGCAUGUGGCUAUGGCGACUCUUCAAUUGCGUCCGAAAUUGGGAAGGGCUUCGACUUGACAGGUCCGAUUCCUGCGUCGGAUGGGCUCUUCAAACCCGUUGUGGAGCCGGCGUCAAUGACCAAGGAGUGUUUGCGCGCCGCUGCCAGCGCAGUCCGUGCAGGCAUUCUUCGCGCCACCGAGCGUGUGUGCUCGUCCGAGCUCGCGCAGGAGGUUCACGACAUUACCAAGGAAGAGGUAGACCGCGGGUGGCUCGAAGGGCCCGUGCCACUUGAGCAACUGAGCGAGACUUGUUCCUUGAGCAGACGGUUCGGAGUUGAGCAGCGGUCCGGUGGGAAGCGCAAAGUCAGGCCCAUCGACAACCUGUCGGAAUCCUUUAUCAACUCGACCGUUUCCCGCACCGAGUCGAUUCAACCUCACGGCUUGGAUGUGGUUUGUGCGGGCAUCGCUUACAGACUCAGGGAUGCUUUCUUGUGUGUGCCGAACCCGGAGACGGGCAAACCAUCCAUCUACGCCUGCCAUGUGCUGCCCUUCGGAUCAUCCGCUUCUGUCGCGGCAUUUUGCCGCAGCACGAUGGGAUUGUGGCACUUAGGGUGUGCUCUGUUGUUGAUCCACUGGACGGUGUUUUACGACGACUUUAUCGUCCUCAACGAGGCGUCGUCCACGAAACACCUUGACUUGGUUCUCAAUUGCUUUUGGGACUUGCUUGGAUGGACCGUGGCACGGGACAAAGAAUCCGAUUUUGAUUACUUUGCGAGAGCUCUUGGUGUCAAAAUUUGCUUUCAGUCCGAGAGAGUCUUCGUGGUGGAGAACACCCCCGAGCGAAAGGCCGAACUUGACGAGACCAUCACGCGCUUACUCAGUCUCGAGUGGGUGGAGCAACAUGAACUCACAUCGCUGAGAGGGAGGUUGCAGUUCGUUGAGGGUCAGAUCCAUGGGCGACGAAGCGGCAGGUUCAUGCAGCUUUUGUCGCGGCGCGCAGAUUUCAUCGGGGGGUCCGCCAUGGAUUCCGACUUGCAAGCAGCCCUCACUUUCCUUAAGGAUAGGGUUGUAGGUGCUCCCCCUAGGGUAAUAUCCGCAAGACGUGAGAACGCUUGGUUCAUCUUCACUGAUGCGGCCUACAAUGAUGGCCAGGCGAACAGUUGUGGGUUAGGAGGGGUACUAGUUGCACCUGAUGGGAAGCCCAUUAGGUUCUUCAGCUGCUUGUUUAACGACGAUGCACUUGAGGGCCUCAGGUUUGGUGAUGUUCAGAGCCCCAUCUACUUUCUUGAAGGCUUGGCAGUAGUGGUCGCGUUGCACGUGUGGAACAGCCUUGUACAAGGCUCUGAGGCCGUUUGCUUCGUUGAUAAUGAAGCGGCCAAGUCUGCGUUCAUUGCUGGCAAAUCUCCUUGCGUGCACUUCUCAGCCCUGUCGGAAUGGUUGAGUGAUUGGGAGGAACGUGCCUCCUCGUUCCCAUGGUUCGAAAGGGUGAGCAGUGCUGCGAACAUUGCUGAUGGCCCCUCGCGUGAUGAUUGCAGUCACUUGGCGGGUGUCCGUCGCGAUGAGAUUGAUUUGCAGUCCAUCAUUCUCGCUUUGCAGUGCUUCUUGCCAGAGCUCUCAGUCGGCGGUGGGUGA